ACGUCAGAGCGCCUGCAGUACCGCGGUCCACCUGGACGAGGGCGCUGUUGUUCCAUGUUUGCGGGAGUGAUCGCUGAGAACAUGGCUGUGGAUCAACAACCAGUCAAGACAGCAGGACAACAAACCAGCAGUAGAUCACAAUGUUAAGACCUGGGAGUUUGUAAAGAGGCAACAAAUACAUGCAACAGUCGUGAUUAACCUCAGAGUCUUCUGGCGGAUCAAGAGACCGAGAGAAGCAAAUCCGGAUUGUACCACUGUGACUGCGAGGUGGAGCUUUGCUGGAAUCGACUUGCCUUUUCCAGCUAGCUGGCUAAUAUGCAGCGUUAGUGUUUCAAAUUGCACGAAAACGGGACAUAUCGAGUUGGAAUAUUCGCAUGGACUGCCACUAUCUCGGACACUUAAACACCCAGCUAUCCGCAUGCGGUCGAAGUCAUGGUUGCCCCUCCGUCUUGCAGACAUAGCAGGUUAGCUAGCCCCCGCUAAAGGACCCGCUCCAUUGGCGCAGCUGGGGCCGGGCUCGCGGCGCUUUCGACCGGCCCGAGGACCAACGCGAUGCCGCGGAUCGUAAGCGGCCUUUCCGUAGGGCUAACUGCAGGAAGCUAACGCUAGCUGGAUAAAGCAGGCCGCUUCAGGUGGUCGUCCACAUCCCGCAGUCCACUCCUUACACAAGUCACAGCUCGAAGUAGGGGGAGAAACUUUCACUCUGCACGGCGCUUUCAUUUUCAGAAGCCCAGCGGCAGCGUUAGCCAACGCCGGCUAAUCUGCUAAUUAGCUAGCUAGUUCGUUAGCCAGAUAUGCAAAGCCGGCGUAGCCUCUGGGCUGUUAGUUGUUUACAGUGUGCUAGCAUAGACAUAUCUUCCAGUUGCAGUCAGUUUGAAAACGUGUUAGACUGCUGUGCUAUUUAGCUUUAUCCCCCCAUAUAAACCUGAGGUACGUCAGAUAGAAUUAGCUAGCCAAAUAACACACCAGUUGAGAUAAUAUCGCUAACACAAUCACACGGGGCAUUCAUGCUUUAUCUUUUUAACAUAACCUAUGCAACGAGCGACACCGUGGCGAGUCUUUAGGCUUGGAUGGGAUUACUAAAGUUGGCACAGCAGCCGAGAGACACACAUGUAAACAAGUCUGCCUUCUUGUAAGCUCGUCGUAAGCCGGUUUUUAUUGCAAGGGUGCCACCAGGUAUCACCCGCAAACAGUGCUGUUCUGCCACCUGGACGUCAGGUGUGCUUGGUGAAAUCAACACGUUAUCUUCCAGGAAUUAGCUUUACAAAGACACUGAGGGGGCUCGGGAGUUGUUGACCUCCUGCAGCAGAGCGAGACAUAUCAGCCAUUCAUUCAUGAUUGAUGACCUUUGAGGAAGCAGACUGUCCCCCUUUUUUUGUAUUCAUCUGCCACUACAGCUGAACCCAUAUCAAGCCACUAACAGCCUUUUUUUUUUUUUUUUUAAUAAUCGUAGCUUUUUAUUUUUGAACCACUACUGCAACGCAUUGGAAAAAGGAGACUGAGGACUUAAGGUUUUGUUUUUUUUUAAAAAGCGCAGCUGCUACCUGACUGGAACCACUGGGAGGGGGGUUUUGGAUGGGAUCAUGAGGAGCAGCACUCUGUCUGAUCUGAUCCAGCUUCCAAGCAACUCGAAGAUCUGAUCAAAAAGCACAACACAAGAGCCCCGCAUUGUGUGGCCGUGAAGGCUUGACAAGGAAAGAGAUGAUGGAGAUGAUGAUGAUGAUGAUGACGAUAAAAGAGACCCAGUGACAUUGUUGACCCCGCACCAGGAAGCAGACAUGAGUCUCCGCCAACCCACCUCCACGCUGGACAGCAGGGCAGCCAAUAAGAAAAACGCCCACCUGUUCAGGCUCAGCAGUCUGACCAUCGGGGACUCGGAGCGCAAAUCCUCUGCCACCCAGCAGAGGGAGCCCACGGCUGACAUCCACGCUGAGAGCACCGGUCCUGGUCUGGUCCAGAGAUGCGUGGUCGUGCAGAAGGACCAGCUCGGUUUCGGCUUCACAGUUUGUGGAGAGAGAGUCAAGCUAGUGCAGAACGUCCGACCAGGUGGUGCAGCAGUGAAGGCCGGAGUCCAAGAAGGGGACCGAAUCAUAAAGGUGAACGGCUCGCUGGUGUCCUCCAUGUCCCAUCAGGAGGUGGUAAAGCUCAUCAAAUCUGGAACGUACGUAGCCCUGACACUACAAGGACCGCCACCCUCAACCGCUGCCUUGCCCUUAGAGCCCCUCCCCACCGACAUCUCGCCCAAUCAAAGAACGUCUCUGGGUGGGGAGGCUCCACCGCCACCGCCUCCACCCUUGCCCUCUGGACUGAGCAGCACCCCUUCCCAAAGAAUCACUGGACCCAAACCACUGCAGGACCCAGAAGUACAGAAACAUGCCACUCAGAUACUCAGGAAAAUGCUGGAGCAGGAAGAAGCUGAGCUGCAGGACUUGAUGGAGGAGCAGUUGAAGAACCCGUCACCGUCACUGGAGGAGCGGAUUGAAAGUGCCAAGAGGAGAGCUCACCAAGUCAGGGUCAAGAUUCAGCAGGAUCUGGAGGGAACGCGAUCAGAGUCUGUCACAAGCUACGUCAUAGCAGGAGAAGGUCGACUGUCGAUGGACUCAAGCGAAGGCGACAUGGAGGCCUUUGAGAGUCCCCACUCCUCCCCCUCAUCCUCCUUCAGGACCCCCCAACACCGACGGCAGAACUCCGACACACACACCCUGUCUGACUUGGGCGGAAAGGCCCAGAUCAUCGGCCCCGAGGAAGAGGAUGAAGAGAAUGACGGCUACGCGUUCAACGAGAUGGACGGUCCGUUCCAGGACAUCGAGUUGUUGAAGUCACGGCCGGCACACAUGGCCGUGUUCAUGAGAUACGUCUUCACCCAGCUUCUAGACCCAAACCCGCUGCUGUUUUACCUGACGGUGGAGGCCUACCUGGGCUCGAAUCCAAAAGAUGCCCGAGCACUUGCACCUCAGAUCUGCUCCCAUUUCCUGGACCCAGAUGCUCCUCUGAAAAUCAAAGUACGAGAGGAGUAUCUCACUGAUAUAGAAAAUCGACUUCAUGCUCAGGAGGACAUCAGAGGACCUCUGUCAGAGCUGCAGCAGCAGGUGCUGCCGGACAUCCAGGACCAGAUCCAGGACUACAGGAACAAGCAGAUGAUGGGUCUCGGCUCUCUGUUUGGAGAAGGAGACCUGCAGCAGUUGGAUGGAGACCCGGUGAAGGAGAGACAGGUGGUGGACAGACAGGUCACCGCCCUCUGGGAAAUACUAUCAAAGCACGAAGAGGACAGAAGUUCUCCUCUGGCGUCCGCCGUGCUCCUCUACCUGCGUCACUCCGGCAUCAAGCUGAGAGACUCCAAGGUGUUCCCCGGUCUGAGCACCGAGAAGGAGAAGUGGCUGGCUUUCUUAAAGACGAAAAAGCUGAGUGGAAUGAAGAAAGAGAAAGAUGGAGAGGAUAAAAAGAGAAAUCCCAUCCUGAAGUACAUCGGCAAACCCCGGAACACAUCCCAGUCCACAUUCCAUGUCCCGUUGUCACCCACCGAAGUCCGUCCCGGCAAUGUGAAGAACAUCAUUCAGCAGUUUGAGAAUAACGCCGACGUGGGAGAGGAGGGAGGAGACGGUGCCGACGCCCAGAGGCUCUCCUCCAGCAGCCUGGGAGAAGACAGCAUGGACAGCCCAACGGUCUCAGUGCGUCUGGCACGUAGCGAGUCGUUGAAGGCUCAGGGAGAAGGCCGUCGGCGGGGUGUCGUCUCGGGGACGGAGUCGGUCCCACGCUCUCGUAGCGACGUGGACAUGGAGGACUGCGGGGAGGAGAGGGAGGGGCCGGGCCUCAGGCCGCUGCAGCACAGCGCCUCGUCGUCCGCCUCCAGCAGCUCUGCACGGUCUCUAGAGAACCCUACACCCCCAUACACCCCUCGGUCUAGACGCAGGAGUGUCGACUCACCAUUGGCACUGCUGCCGGACGCCGCGGCGCUGGAGGAGGACGUGGGCGACGGUCAGAACUGGCAGGACACAGUUCCUCCUCAGCUGCUCGCCACACUCAGUCCGAGGGAGGUGGACAGACAGGCCGUCAUAUACGAGCUGUUCACCACCGAGGCGUCUCACCUGCGGACCUUGAGAGUCCUGGACCAGGUCUUUUUCCAGAAGAUGCGGUCGGUGCUGAACUCUGAUGAGCUGGCCUGCAUCUUCCCAAACCUGCCCGAGGUCUACGAACUCCACGCGAGUCUGUGCGAGGCGAUGAAGAAGCGGCGAGAAACUCCCAUCGUUCAGGACAUUGGGGAUGUCAUGCUGGCCAGGUUUGAAGGUGCAGCCGGAGACGAGUUUCAGGAACAGGCGUCCCAGCUGUGCCGCCAGCAGUCUCAGGCCCUGGAGCUCAUCAAGAACAAGCAACGGAAAGACCCUCGCUUCGCUCACAUCAUCCAGGAGUGUGAAGCUAGUCCUCACUGUCGGAGGCUGCAGCUCAAAGACCUGCUGGUGUCCGAGAUGCAGAGACUCACCAAGUACCCGCUGCUGCUGGACAACAUCAUCAAACACACAGAGGCCGGUACGUCAGACCUCCCCUCGCUCCAGCGCGCCCAGGCGUGCUGCCGAGGGAUACUGCAGGCCGUCAACGAAGUCGUCAGGGAAACAGAACACCGGCAACGCCUCAGCCAAUACCAACGCAGGCUGGACGCUGCCCCUCAAUUCAAGAAUCUGGACUUGUCCACUAAGAGAAUGAUUCAUGAAGGUCCUCUCACGUGGAAAGUCAACAAAGACAAGCAGAUAGAGAUUCAAGCACUGCUGCUGUCGGACUGCCUGGUCCUUCUGCAGAGGGGCCCAGAUGACCGGCUGCAGCUCAGAUAUCCAUCCCGCUGGCUGGGUGGAGGCGGCGGAGGAGGCGGGGACAGCAAGACCUCCUUCAGCCCUCUGGUGAAGCUGGACUCACUGCUUGUCCGCUCAGUAGCUACAGACAACAAAGCCCUCUACAUCAUCAGCACCACUGAGAGGCAGAUCUACGAGCUGGUGGCCGGGUCGUCAUCCGAGAAAAACACCUGGAAAGAUUUACUUGAAAAGACCAUCUCGUCGGCGGGCGGAUCGUCACCCCUGAUCAAUCAUGGAUCCAUGCCUAUAUCGUCACCCAGUCUACGCAGUGCAUCUCCAGUGUCAACUGGCAGUAAUACGUAUGCAGAUAACUCGUUGACAGAGCAGUCGGACUCGAUGGAGACUCAUUCCUCCAACGACGACAUUGUGCUCUCAGCCAUCUCUCCUUCGGACCAAUCGGAAAGAAACGCAGCAGGGGGCGUGGCAGAGGCCGCGUUACAAGACGUUGAAACGCUGAGGCAGCUCAUAUUGAGGGAUUUGGAAGAGGACGGUUGGAGCCACGAUUCAGACGACACGCCCACUAACGAGACGGCCAAUGAGAGGAGCUCGUUCACCGAAAGACAACAGCAUGAGUCUCUGGAGACGGGCCCCAACUUCAGCGCCGACGAAUGGGAGGCAGAGCCUGAGGAGGUCCUGCCGCCUGAAGAUGAGCGGCCCAGCGUCCAGGUCGUGAGGAAAGCUGUGGUUGCGGGUCCUUCUUCUUCUUCCUCUGUCCCUGACGACAUCACUGAUGAUGUCACCCUACCCUCCGACCAAUCAUCCAAGCCGAGAGGCGAGGCUACUGAUCAGGGGAACACUUUCUACCUAGUAAUGCCAACAGAGCAGGGAGAGAGCUUCACAGACGACCCCAACGACCCGCCCACCCCCACCGCCAGCCACUUCCCUCAGCCUCUGGAGGAAGUUAUGUCAGCGCAGACAAAGCCAGACGAGGAUGCGCUAGCCUGCGGUCCUGAGCCCGACCAAUCAGAGGCUAUGCAACUGGAAGAAGAAGAAGAAGAAACAGGCCAACCGCAGGCUGCAAACCAGAGCCAUGUGAUCAAAAAUGUGGAUGAGAUUUUCCACACAAUCGAGGGGUUGAUGAGCAAGUUGCGGAAGCUGAAGGAGAUAGAGAAGGCCCAUCACAAGCUUUUGAAAACCCUCAGAGAGCCGUCUGUCAAUCAGGAGUCAGAAGACCAACAGUGUCCCUCAGCAACCGUUUCCAGAACGCCAUCUCUGGAUCGCGGCUCAGGAGACGGCAAAGAGGGCAGUCCAGCAGAGCCCAAGAUUCAGUCGACAGGAUUCUGAGUGGAUUUACCUGCAAGUCACUCGAUCUUGAUUCAGACGCACUCACAUGAACCCACUGUCAGACUUGGGCACUGCAGCCCAGCCUCCCCUCAUCCCUGCAUGCACAGGCCAGAGGAACAGAGCCUGGGAAGGACCAUGGACGUUUUUUGUUUUUAUUUUUGUUUCUUUUUUUAAUAAUAUUGUGCCGGAUGGACUCAACAGGAUUUCUGAGAUCAGCACAAGCUCUGACUUGUACCGGAGCGCAAGGGAGUCAAGGACGGAGCGAGGGAGGAACGUAUGAAGGAACAAAAAGGCAGAAGGAGACUGGUUGUCUGGCGACGAGAAAGGAAAAGUUGGAAGAGCUGAAAGUGUAAAACGUAGGAUUUUUGUGAAGGAAAAUGAGUUGUAUGUCUUUGCUUGAAAGAGCUGGUUGAAGGAACAGAGCAGAAAAGUGUUGAAAUGUUAAUUUAAGGAGAAAAAAGAAAACCCGAGGGACCCAUCACCCCUGCACUUUACCCACAAUGCAUCCCUCUGUCACGUACGUCCUCUGCGGUGGACGGAUCAGGGACUGGAGAUGCCACUGGCCUCCGGGGGUACCCUCCCCCCUACGUAUGUUGCUUUACACUGAGUUCACCUGCCACCACGGCCGAAGGACUGUGUCUAUAUAAUUCAGGUUAUUUGCACUGGGUAAGGAAACCAACAUCACACACACACACAGACACACACAUCAUUUAACCGUUUCAUAUCAGAGACACUACAGUUAUUGUCAUGUCGCAGCAACACUUGACAUACUCACAUUCAUCCUUAAGCCUUCUGUUAAGCUACACGACGGCUGCUUGGAAGCAUCGGUGCAACAUUUUGAUCACUGCGUGGUUCAUUGUUCAUUUUUAAGUUCUGGAAAUGCCACUUGCGCUGUUUACUACUGAAAUGCUGGCAGGUUUUUAAUUUUUUCGGCGCUGCUUCAGAGGCGUACAGGGAUCUCAGCGAUUUCAAAGCUCAGUGGAUUCACACAGCAGUUCUGACCAUGUGAAGUUGUUUAGGUUGACAUUUGGGAGACUCUUAGGGUGGGAGUGGUUGACAAGGAGCGAGUGGAAACAGAACAAAUACAGAUUCAAACUAAAACUUGAAUUUUCACCGAAGACUUGUGUGUCAGUCGAGCCGCUGCCAAAUAUCACCGCUAACGUUGCCUGUCUACACUUAAAGGUUUGACGGUGCAUCCUUUAGCCCCUCUCUCCGGUGUGUCACGCAUGUAAAUACCACGGUAAAUACUGUGAACCAGCGAUGUAUCCCUUCUCCCAUCACAGCGAUCACACCGUGCAAAGUCUUUAUAUCCAUGUAGCCCGCAUCCAAAGCCGUUAAAAGAACUGUGCUCUUUAUCAAGUGGCUUUCCAGAGAGACACACAAACCCCUUCCUUGCACACAACAACUUAUAUUUACUGGGGAAAGCUUUGUAAAAUGUAAUUUUCCAAACUCUAGUUUACGCACAUGGUCCAAGUCAAAAAUAAUAACUGCUAUAUGCAACUGGUCUGUGAUUGCAGCAACAGUUGGAAGAAGGAAUGGUUUGACUUCUGGGAAAAUGUGCUUAUUUGCAGAGAUCGAUACUACUUUCAUGUCUGUACUGUAAAUGCAAAGCUUCCCCAGCAGCUACUUAGUUUAGCUUAGCAUGAAGACUGGGAGCAGUGAGAAUCAGUUAGCCUGGCUCUGUCUUACACCAUUUGUACACCAUAAUUACUGUGCAUAUGCAGGGUUUUUUAAGUGCAAGUAAAAUAGGAGAUUUGCACAAGCACGGUACUGAUUGGGCAGCCAGCAGGGAUAUAAUACUAGCAUGAAGACCAGAGUCAUUGUUACCAUUUUAAUAUCUUUUUCUUAAGUUCGAGGUUGAAGUUAUUACCUCUUGUAUGCAGAUGAUACCUUACUUUAUAUCACCAAUUUUUGUAACUCUCUUACUGAAGUUGUUUAAAGCACUAAGUAGUUCUGAGGACGAUGUUUCUUUAAUCAAAAGUGGAACAUCAUCAUUGACAUAAAUUAUUUCAUGCAUAAACAAACUACGUAAACAAACUAUUGGUUUUCAUGACUGAAAUUAACAAACUUCCCUUAAAGAACAACAUAGUUUUGUACUGUUUUACUUUGUCUAUAUUUGGCAAAAAACUUUUGGGGACCUUAUUUUCCACUGAAAACAGCUUGUAAAAAGUUUGUGUAAAUACCCUAGUGAUAUUGUAAAUAUUAAAAUUCUGAGUUUUAAGUUCUUCUUCUCCACAACUUUAUAGUGCUCAUUUAACACUGUGUGUAAACAGUGUCUGUAACUACAGUGCAUGUCGUAGCAUAAUGCCACAAAACGAGCAGUGUAAAAGGGAUCUAAAGAUUAAAUGAUAAACCUACAGUGCAUAUAUAUUCACCAGUUAAGACAUUAUAUCUUGUUAGUUCCACAAAAACCACAAUGUGUCAGUAUUGUUUGUGUUAAACAAGAUAUAUUGUGUUAAUUAGCUGCAGAAGGUCGAUACCUAUAGACAGAGCCAAGCUAGCUGUUUUCCCAUUUCAAGUCUCGAUGUGAAGCUAACCAGCGGCUCGCUCCAGCUCCGUACUAAACAUGACAGCGGUACCGAUCUACUCAUCUAACACUGUAAGAACGCACAGAAGUUUGUUUUCUGAAAUGUGGAACUAUUUCUUUAACUAUUUUUGGAUCAUAUGUAGAAGUAAUUAAAUAUUUUGUACGCCUUGGUUGAGGCACGUGUAACCAGCAAAGACUGACACUAAAGCCCAGUGCUUGUCUUAUUUUUCUCAAGCUCCAUCUGUCCUGAAGUAAUUCUAACACAGUUGACCAAAAAUGUCAACUGUAACGAGGAAAGAGCUUCUCCUUGCACCAGUUAGAUUGUUAUUUUUUUUUCUCUUCUGUUCUCAUAUCAAGCUGGGCAGAGCCACACUGGACUGAAUUUUAUUUGAGCUGGUUUCAAAUACUAACGAGGAGCGCUUUAGUGAGCUACCCAGCCUCUUUACCAGCUUCAAAAACUGACCACACACUACCACAUAGAACCAAACCAAGAGCCAAGUAUUUACAAUCUACCAGCCACUGAUUCUGCUAUGAAAAUGAUAUUUCACUGCCUGGUGGAAGCUUUUCACUCUUUAGCCAAAACACACGGGAGGUGUCCUCGAUGAGAGGCGCAACCAAAAAAUCAAAAUGAGAGCUAGUUUUUGCAGCUGUAUGAACUUGAGUAAUUUGUGCUAAAAUGUGAAAAUAUUCUACCAAAGUGCAAUAUCUCUUCAGUAUGGGUGCCCUGAGAGGCCAAGAGGCUGGAAAAAGAGGAAAAAGCAACAUUUUGAUGAUCCAUUUUCUAAGUCUGAUCUACCUUGUUUUCUCUCUGUUUAUGACUCGAGAGCAGGUGUAGAAAAAAAUAAAAGUAAUUUUUCUGCUUUUCAAUUUAUCAAUUUCCAUCUGUGAAAAUUGGUGGGAAAAAGUUUAUGCAUUUUUAAAGUGUGUGCUUUCUUUCAGCUCUGAUCCGGAACUAGAUAAACAAAUGUCAGUGUCAUUUGUGCCAAAAGAGACUGAAGCGCACACAGUUAUUAUAGAUAGCACCGCUUUUCUCGACAAGACCCACCCUACUCUGCCGCUGAUUGGUUGCCUUUGCUGUGGCGUGAAAAUAGUGAGGGUGAGAAUAUCGGUGCAAGCCAAUCAGAGGCAGAGUUGAGGGAUCGGUGAAAACGUAGUGGGCACACUUCCUCCUCUUGUAAAGACAAUAUGACAACAACAAACACAAUGCAAAAAAAGGAAGAAAAAAAUUAUCCUGAUAAACAAAAAACAUUCAACUUAAAUCACACCAAAAGGAGGAAGAAAAAUCUUUGAUCAGACUUUGGAAAUGAAUCUUGUGCAUUUUUUUUUCUCGCUCAUUUGCCUCUCAGAGUCUCUCGUUCCUCAGAGGAGUUGAAGGGAACAAAGCUGAUUAUUAAGCAUCUCAGACUAGCUCAUGUUUUGUCUAUGAAAAGAGAUUCCUUUGUUUGAACGCUGAACAUCUUCGCAUGUGUUCUGUGAUCUGGCAGCUGGUCUGAGCUGGUUGAAUCAGAAUCUCUUCCUCUCCUCAAAAACAAAAAUCUCUUUUCCUCUUCUUUCCUCUAACUCCAGCAUUUUUCAUCUCCAAUUUCUACCUCUACACUUCAAUUUCUUUAUAUCUUCCAUGAUUACUUUUUUUUUCCAUACUAUCUUGUACAUUGACAUCAGCGUUGUGGCCCUAACCGGCUAUAGAAAAAAAAAGCUGUAACUGAUUCCUUUAAAAAAAAAAAACAAAUGUUGCACAAACUUCCCUGCACGGUGCAAACUACUGUAUGCAUACACACGUCGUUAACUAUCAUCUCAUUGUCUUUUUAUUUUGUGUCUUUUUUUUAAAAAAAGAAAAAAAAGAAAUCUUGUUCACUCAUGUAAUAUAGAGAUCAGACCCACUUGUUUUAUAUAUGUUAAUUUUUUUUCUGUAAAGCCUUAGUCCUCGUAUUUGAUUUUAUUUUUGUAGAUAUGAUUAAAAAAAAAAAGGAUGUAUAAAUUA